AGUGUAUUAGUUGCAAAAAUUGUUGGCAUGUCACGGUGUCAAGCGAGACACCUAUACACUGGAAGUUUCCAUUUCCCACCCAAAACGAAUCCAUUUUUAGGAGAAUAAAAUUCCUUUUUCAUAGGAAUUAAAUAAAUCAAAGCCAAAAAGCUGACACAGAAACUGAGAAUUAUUCCCAUUCUCCCGGGUCUUUCUCUUACAUAUAUGUUCUGUUCUUACUUCAACUGCCUCAAAUGUUUUUGCAGUAUUGCCCAAGCCAAGGCACAUAUACCAACUAAACGUUUUCGUUCUUCGGGCAAUCCAAGAUGGAGUCACGCAAGGAAGGUUAUAGAGGCUCAGGAAAGCAGAAGAUGGUCAAAAUUGUUUUUGUUAUAGGUGGUCCAGGGAGUGGUAAAGGCACGCAAUGCAAAAGAAUAGCACAACAGUUUGGCUACACUCAUCUUAGUGUUGGUGAGCUUCUACGUCAAGAAAUCAAUUCUGGUUCUGAAACUGGCUCUAUGAUUCAGAAAAUUAUGAAGGAGGGGAAGCUUGUUCCUUCAGAUGUAACAGUGAGGCUUCUACAACAAGCCAUGCGGGGAAUGGAUAGCGACAAAUUCCUUAUUGACGGCUUUCCCCGGAAUGAAGAGAAUGUUAAAACAUUUGAGAAUCUUACAAAAAUGGAUCCUGAGUUUGUCCUUUAUCUAGAUUGUCCACAAGAUGAAAUGGAGAGGCGCUUGCUAACAAGAAAUGAGGGAAGAGAAGACGAUAACAUUGAGACAAUAAGGAAGCGAUUUAAAGUUUUCAUGGAGUCAACUCUCCCUGCAGUUCAAUAUUAUGAAUCAAAGGGAAAAGUUAAGAAGGUUGAUGCUGGAAAACCUGUUGAUGAGGUUUUUGAGUCCAUCAAAGUCAUUUUCUCUCAAAGAAAAGAUGAUAAGGUGCGACCAAACAGACACAACCACACAUGCUUGAUACUUUAAAUGGAUAAGCCUCAAAAUGUGAUAGUAUACAUAAAUAUUUUGACUUGCAUAUACACACUAUCAGUGUAAUGUACUUUAACCUGUUGUAGCAGGUUAAUUCAGGUUACUAAUCCCACUUAUUAUGACCACGGUUACCUAUAGUCGGUCAUCUUUGGUGACCUGAUAGUGUAAACUGUCUAUCCGAAUCCUUUCUAAUCAGCAUGCUCCACUUCUCGACGUUCUUAAUUUUCCACUAUUAGCAAUUUGCAGUGUCACUAGAUCAGGCAAAACAUAUGCUUACGAGUAAAACAAACAUUUCAUACUAUGAUCUCAUUUUAUGAACUUAUCAGAUUGAUCUC